UUUUCAUUGGCCCUAAUCCUCUUCCAUACUAUUGGGAUACUCAUCCACACUUUUUUAUAAAUCUGUAUGGAUUUGUGUUCUGAAAGUUCUUUAAUGUGGAAAAAGUUCCUGAGUCCUUCAGUCCCAAAAAAACAAAAGGAUAACUUCCUGAACUCUUAGUUGGGGCGGGCUCCAUGUUGUCCCUGCUCCUCUGUACCCCCCCCUCCCUUCUGGAUCCUGAUACGUGGCUGUUUGGGAGAGCCGUGGUGAUGACCCGCUGCAGUCCCUCCUGAGCUGCAGCUCGGCCCGCAGCAACAACAGCAGCAGCAGCAGCAGCUGGGAUUCUGGAGGAGAAACUCAGCGGCUCUAGCCUUCAUUUAACAAGUCGGCCUGGAUGGCAGGGACACACUGGUGCAAGGACUGCAGAAACCACAAGUAUUUCUGGCUGCCAGUGCUUUUUGGACCGUGGGACGGAUGAAAGGUGGAAGCUGUGCAAAGCCCAGCUGGGCUGUAGCUGCUCUGUUUAUCCCCCUUACCCUGCUGAUGCUGACCUUCGGGGGGGCAUUAAGCAGUCAGAAGAUGACACAAACAACGAUGGGUCAUGCAACAGCAACGUCUUCAGGACAGGGCCCCGGCCUGACGGACAACCUCCCGGGCUUUCGGGCGGUAGCAGACUUCUUAGCCAGCGAGGAUGCUCAUGUGUGGCUCCUGUCUCUGGUGGGAUCUGUCGCUGUAGGUCUUAGUGGGGUUUUCCCUCUUCUUGUCAUUCCUAUUGAAGCUGGAGCAGCUCUCAAAACAGAAGCUGGGAGCCAGAAGCUGAAACACCUCUUGAGCUUCGCAAUUGGUGGUCUCCUCGGGGAUGUAUUUCUCCAUCUCCUUCCUGAGGCGUGGGCGGUGUCGUCAAACACUGCAGCUGGUAAACAAAACCACUACAUGACCCAGGGCCUCUGGGUAAUCAUUGGCCUGCUGGCUUUCCUUCUCCUGGAGAAGAUGUUCCCAGACCAAGACAGCCAAGAGGAUCCGGACCCAGACUCAGACCUGAACUCUAACACACCUACACAGACUAACGCAACUGUCAGUGGAAAGCCAGUGGUAUCACUCCGAAACGGGCACCAUGCAGAGUCAUGGAAAUCCUCCAAGCAACAGAGUCGGCAGGAAAGAUCAGAGAAAAUCAAGACGAGCGGAUACCUAAACCUGCUGGCCAACUGCAUCGACAACUUCACCCAUGGACUGGCUGUAGCUGGGAGUUUCCUGGUUAGCAAAAAGGUUGGGUUCCUCACCACAUUCGCCAUCCUGCUCCAUGAAAUCCCCCAUGAGGUGGGAGACUUUGCCAUCCUGCUGAGGGCCGGGUUUGACCGAUGGAGUGCAGCUCGCAUGCAGCUGUCCACGGCACUGGUCGGGGUCAUAGGAGCUUGCUUUGCUUUGUACACUCAGUCGCCACAAGACACAGAAAAUACCACUGCCUGGAUCCUACCGUUCACCUCUGGAGGUUUCCUCUACAUCGCCUUAGUCAAUGUCGUGCCAGACCUGCUGGAGGAGUCCAGUUUGAGACACUCCAUACUGCAGAUCCUGCUCAUCAUCAGUGGCGUGGCCGUCAUGGCUCUGCUCUCCGCCAUUGUCGACUGAACAUAGAGGAACAUCACACUCGACUCUAUCGCCUUACCAAACACUUUUCACCAGCAUCGGAGUGACAUCCUACUCUCCACCAGCCCUGCAUACCUGGUACCUCUCAUUCAGGAAAACUUACUCUCGCUUCAAAUAAUCAAACAGCUCUUUGAUACCAUCGUCAUCAUGUUUCAUUAGACCAAUCUGUCAGAGGAACGGCACUUUAUGGAUGAAUGAGUGAUCUGCUGACGAGACAUUUAUGUGGACACUUAAUGAGGAUGUGCCAAACGUAAACACAAAAGGAAAUCAGAGGGUCUGCGAGGAUUCCUGUUACCAAAAUGUCUUAAAUUGUUGAGUAGACAAUCAUGUUAUUUUGCACAUACAUAAACACAGGUAGUGAACCUGCUCCACACAAAGAUAUUAAUAGAUCUCUGCAGAAAACUCCCUUAUUAAGUGUUCGACCCCCAAUGUUUAAAUGCGUAUAUUAUGUAUUAUCACUGUUGUGUGUUUUCUAUUUCUGAGGUAGCUGCUUCGUAUUUAUUUAAAGUUAAACCUGCAGCUUUCACAGGCGUGCUUCACCAACAGUCCAUCUUUUAGUUUUGAUAAGAAAUAAAAGUGCCAAGAAGUCAGGAUGGUCUGUUACAAAAGUGUCAGGUCUAAACCAAAGUACUUUGUGUUUGUUUGUAUCCUCACAGACAGUGUGCAGCUCUGAGACAAGUCAGCCUGAAUAAUAAUCGUGUUAAAGUUGUAAUAAAGUGAAAAGAGAGAUUGGUACUGUUAAUUUUCAGAGAUACUUGUUGCCAAGAUUUUAGAGGAAUGAUGAAUUGAAAAGAGAUAAAAAUGUAAGAUACACAUACGUCACUGUUUUGUUAAUACACCUUUUAAGAGAAAGUUUUAAAUCCUGAUAAAUAAAAUAUACAUCUUUAUGAAAAA